UUUGUUAAUUUUGAGAAUAUUUUAGUGAAUCGGGAUUCUGUUCACUCCCUACCCACUAAUUUAAUUUUACACAUUUACCAAUAUCAUAAAUUAAUUUUAUUCAUCAAUUUAUAAUUUUAUUUAUAAUUAAUUUAAUUUAUAAUUUUAUUAUUUUUGUUAAAUUUUGAACUUCUCAUUUUUCAUACCGAUGGGCCAAUUUUACUUCUCCCUCUAUACAAUUAUUUCCGUGUAAAUUAACAUCUUAUAAAUAAUAAAACUCUGUAAAAACUGUAAAGAUGGGAUUUGAAGACUUGGUGUUGAGGCUGGGUGAGACUACGGCGUUGGUGAGGAAUGUGUUUUCUGAGAACUUGGUGAAAAAGUAUUGCAAUGACGUGAAGAUAGUGUUUGAGGAUCACGUGGACAGAUCUCAGGCGCUGGAGGGUCAUUUGCCGAAGUUUGAAGAAGUGUACCAGAUGACUGUGAUUCCCACACUGUGGUCUGACCUCUUCAGCAUCGAAUGUGACAUGCUAUGCAAUAAACUUUUCCUCAACGAGAACAUCAGAAUCGCAAAACUCAUGGCUAACCAUGUUAAUAAACUCGGAACCGACCAGAAUUACAACAACUUCAUACAACUACUCACACAUCUCAAUACUCUCACACAUAACAUCACACAGUCCAAAGUACCUGGUUUAAGAUAUGUUUCUGGUAUAUUAUCAAAUUUAUCGGUUUAUAACGACCGUUUGAACGUGAGUCUCCAGGAGGAACGAGCUUACUACGACAGUUGCUGUCUGGAAUUGUUAUAUUUAUCAGAGAAGCAGUUGCUAGACCGGCCACUGUUUAUCGAGAAGUGGCGCUUAAAAGUGCUCAAAUUCUUAAAGGAUUUAAGUCUCACCUUUAACAUUGACAAGUGCACUCACAACUUGUCAAUUCUCUUCUUUGAUUAUUACAUUCACCUGUGCACACAAAAUUAUAUUAACACGCCGUCAUCCGUCAGUACUCUUGAUAACUCCGCUUCAAACUCUGGCACCAUCCCACGCAGUCUAGGUAACUCCAGUGAUCUCAGACAUUCCAUGGGAAGUUCCGGUGGUUUAACACACACCAUGGGAAGUUCCGGUGGUUUAACACACACUGUAGAAGAAGAUCUUGGCCCGUUUAAGGAGAAUGAGAUGUUAAAAAUUGGUACUGCGUGUUACUUAUUGGCGGCGGCAUUGCGGGAGCACUGGGUGGACAUAAACAAGGAUAAAUACCUGGAACAAGCGGUGGAAAUGAGCUACAACGCAUUUACCACCAAGGAAGUCAUCACCGUACAGCUGGAUAUUAUUCACAGAAUGCCCAAAGGGUUCACCUCCAUCUACACAUGCAUGGAAUACGGACUCUUCUACCUCUCAAACAUUAAAUAUAACCACCAUAAUACCCACGGAUCACACCAUAAUACCCAGGGUCUACAGGGUAAUUCAGAGGGUCUACACACCAAUACUGAGGGUCUACAGGGUAAUACAGAGGGUCUACAGUGUAAUACGGAUCACUCAGUUGAAAUGUGUGUGGGUUCUGAGGGGUUAGCUGGAGAAGAUGUUGUGGACGACCUAAUGUUAUCUUGUUGUUUCAGGUUUAUGGUUCAUACUGGUGCUUUGCCGUGGUUAUAUCAUUGUUUGAGUAAGUGGGAUGACAUUUACAUAUCAAAGAAUUGGAACAGGUUUAUCCCGCCAAGUCGCUGCGCAGCAGUUUUUAUCCUACACAUGUUCCUGACAUACUUAAACAUUGACUCGAAAAAGGACUUGAUCUGGUGCCGCAGGUUCUGCCACCGCGUCUUUAAAAUGUUCUUCGACUCCGAUGUCGCACUCUGGUACCACGUCUUCAAGGAAAUUAUCGCAUCCUUCCUACUCAACGUCGAAAAACAAUCCUCCAAACAUAGGGCAAACUCUGGAAAUAUGAGAAAUGUAGAUGUGCGAAAUGCGGAUAUCAGAAAUUUGGAUGUGCGAAAUGCGGAUGUUCGAAGUGUGGUGACUAGGGAUAAUAGAAUAAUGGAGGCGCGACGUCUGGCGGAGUUGAAGCGUAUGAGUGAGAUGAGUUAUCUGUUCUCUCUAUCCUCGUCAAUAUUUACGGCCACUGAGGCUGUGGUUAAUUUGUAUCACGCAAAGUUGAUUCUGCAACAUGUAUCGAGUCCAGGAGUUGAGGAACUGGCCGGACUAAACCCCAAACAAAUACAAUCGCUACUCUCAAACAUCACACACAUUCUAAGAAAAUCUUAAUCUCACAUUUUUCAA